UUCCUAUAAAUUCUUCGCCGCUUAGGGAAUCGUGACAGCGUGGUUUUGUGUAGCCUAAAGAUGUAGUUUUGUUACGAUACAGACAUUACAAACUUUCCACUAAACGCUUUUCGUUCAGCACAAUUAUAGGCCUAGCAAGUAGACGACCGAAUAACCAUGAGCACGGGAACUCCUUACAUCGGUAGUAAAAUCAGCCUUAUAUCAAAGGCCCAGAUACGGUAUGAGGGCACGCUGUACACGAUAGAUACCGAAAAUUCCACUGUGGCAUUGGCAAAAGUUAGGUCAUUUGGGACGGAAGGAAGGCCAACAGAUAGACCUGCACCUCCAAGAGAUGAAAUCUAUGAAUACAUAAUUUUCAGAGGCAGUGACAUCAAAGACAUAACUGUCUGUGAGCCUCCAAAACUGCACCAUAGUUUACCACAAGACCCUGCCAUAGUUCAGUCAUCCAUUGGCAGCGCUUCAGGGGCCUAUUCUUCUCAGGCACCAUAUUCGCCGUACAGAGGCAUGAUGCCCUCGUACAGCCAGCUUGCUGCAAGCUCCCUGUUAAAUCAGCACUAUGCUGCAGCAAUGGGUUUGGGUGCAGGGACACAUGGCUUUCCAGUCAGAAGAGGCCCAAUGGUCGAACAGGCUGUUCAGACAGUAGCGGCACAGAAAACUGCUCAGAAAAAGGGUGUUUUGGGAUCACAACCUCCGAGACGAGAUGGAGGUAGACCUGUGCGGAGUGGACAAGGAAGCCCUCAAACCCAGAGGUCCUCGGGACAAGGCAAUGUCUCUGCUGCACAGCGCAGUCCAGCACAAGGACCAAGGCAGGCAAAUGAUGAGAAUCGGCCACCACAGAGGAGACGUCAAGGACCCCGCAGAUCAAGGAACCGUGGCCGAGGCAAGAUGAGCGCUUCUAGCUCCAAACCUACAACACUCCAAUUUGAGUCCGACUUUGAUUUUGAAACUGCCAAUGCCCAAUUCAAUAAAGAAGACGUUGAGAAGGAGAUCCAAGAAAAGCUGAACGUUAAAGAAGUGAAGAAUGGAGGUGAAGAGGACAAGCUGGAAGAAGAGGACGAUUCUGAAAUCAAAAAUGGUGAAGGAACCUUGGAGGAGGAUCCUCUUGGACCUAACUGUUACUACAACAAGGCCAAAUGCUUCUUUGACAAUAUCUCCUCAGAAAUUAAAUCAAGACGCACCACGUGGGCAGAAGAGAGGAAGCGGAAUGUCGAGACAUUUGGCGUGCCAGGUCGCUACCUCCGAGGCCGCGGGAUGCGCGGUGGUUAUCGAGGACAGAGAGGAAGGGGGGGUAUGCAGCGACUUGUGGGCAGUGGCCGAAUUUGAUACGGUCCCCUGGGGAAAGAAACUUGUGUUUUUGUCAUCAAUUGUACUAUGAAUACUUUUUCUGUUAAAUUAUUUUUUUUCUUUAAAAUAUCAGAAUUGCCAUUGGCAGAACAAUACAUGAACAAAAUGGGCUUGAGGUAGAUUUGUACCUUGGUAAAUAUUUUGAAGCCAUUUUGGUUUAAUUUAGUCAUUACACAUUGUUUGCCCAUUAAUUCAUGGUUUCAACUUCUGUAUUGAAGUCUGCCCAUAAACUAGUUUGUCUGCUUGACAAUUUGCAUGUGAUGUUCUGCUAUAUGAGCGAAACCCAAACUGUUUGUUUAUGGCAUUGUAAACUAUGUGAUGUACAGCUUAUACCAAUUAAUUGUAUCUAUGAAGUUGAGAUCCCCCAUACUGUCAUUUAUAAAUGUUUAUUUUCUUUUUUUACCUGUUUUGGAAUAAAUAACUUAUUUGUGGGGAGAUUCUUGCUGUUGCAUAUUAUUAAAUAAACGUAUGAAAUGUC